AUUAAAUUAAAUUUAAAUUUAUAAUUCACAUUGGAUGUACCAUCAAUUCGCCUCUAUCUUCUAUGUACUUCUUUCUGGCUUGCGUUGAUAUAAACACGCAGAAUUGUAAACAAAACGUUGGAAAAAUAUUUCAUUUGAAUAUUCGAAGCGUUGAGGUUGCGAAUUGAUUGGGUAGUGCGGUCAAGUUGCCAAUCAAACAGUUUAUUAAAAAAUCAAUUGUAAUUAAAUAAUAAAUAUUAAAAAUGUGCUAAGCAACGAGUGAAAGUGAAUUUAAUUUCUUGAUAUAAAGUACUUAAGUUAGUUAUAAAAUACAAGGAAAUAUUAAUAGAAUUAAGUGAACACAGUGGAUUUAAUAUCAUAAAUAUCAACCUCACUAUCAACCUCACAAUUAACCUCACCAUCAACCUCACCAUUUACCAUUUACCUCACCAGUAACGAAGUCAAUAAAAAUGUUAAAAAUAUUACUUGCAAUUGCUCUCUGCUGUGCAACUUACACCCACGCACAUCAGGUGGAAUCAAAAUAUCCUUGCGCCUUCAUAGACACGGCAAACAUCACGGGUAGCUUUUCGCACGACACAACGAAUAUGUCGUACAUAUACGAAUGGAUGAUAAUACCACGUGAACUGGUAGCGGCUUAUGACUUUAUCAUACAGGACGGUGUACGCGUACCGGCAGAGCGACAUUUACGCGCCUGUGUAUGCAAACUGAAACCGUGCAUACGCUUUUGUUGCACACAAGGACAAUACUAUGAUGUCAAGAAUAAAACGUGUAUCGCAGUCCCGGAUGUUGUUGAACCCAAUAUGCAGCAACACAUUGCCAUUAGCGCUAGCAACAAUAGUCAGAUUAGCAGCAACAGUAGCAACAGUAGCAACAGUAUCAACAGUAGCAACAACAGUAGCGAUAAAAUUGCGCCUUUGAUGGAUCAGAGCUUUAUGCUGAUUAAACAGUGGAAUGGCACCUCGAGAAUCGUUAAUACCUCAACACAUUUUUCAGUACACAUUGGCAGUCCUUGUGAGAAUAUGCGUUUAUUGAAGAAAAAUAAUCAAAUUGUUCAGUGGAAUUUAUAUGAGAACGGCAGCAUUUCACAUAAAAAUCAUUUAUUUUCAAAACAUUAUUGCUACACUCCAUAUGAGAAACCAAACUCUGUGUGGGAGUGGCAACCUCUGGCGUGUGCACCCGAGAAGCUGCCAUUUGUAUUAGGUGUUAAGGAAUGGACUUAUGCUAUAUGUCUUAUCAUAGCCGUAAUUUGCAUGAGCAUUAUUUUGUUCGUACAUCUGCUCUGCACAGAAUUGCGAAACACCUUCUACGGUGUAGCGAUCAAAUGCUACGCACUAUGCAUUAUAAUCGGUUAUUCACUUCUGGCACACCUAAUAUUGAAUGAUCCAGCGAAUAUGUUAAAAUUUUCCUGCUCCAACAUACCUUGCUUUGCCUUAUGUUUUCUGGUCUUGUCCUUCUUCAUACUGACAUUUAUCAGCUUUAAUUUUUAUUUAAAUUUCCAUGGCGUUAUUUUGACGAAACUAAUGUUUUGGUUAACUUUUUGUCCAAUUGUAUUGCUCUGUGUUGGUUGGUCCUUCUACGUGGGUUUCGACUAUUACCAGAAUAAACCAAUUUUCGGUGGCGAUUCAUGUUGGUUCGAUCCCAGAAACUGGUCUAUUAUGGUAUAUUUCUAUGGUCCCAUUUUUCUGUCUUGUGUUUUAAGUGGAUUUUUCUAUCUCUUGACUUUAAUGCGCAUUUCCGAAAGACAGGAAGCAGAUGUUAACAAAUUGAUUGCGACUAUUGAAGAAAACCGUUUCAAAUCAUUUUGGAAGUUCUUUGGUUACACAGUAGUCACUUGGCUUGUGUGCAUGUUCUCCUUUGUAAUUAACUACUAUAGAGGGGAGAAGACACAUAUUAAUUAUGCGGUUUGCUUGUUCGUGGCAUUGCACGGUUUUGGCGCUCUUUACACUCUAAUCGGAAAAAAUCAGCAAAUACAGAAGUUUCUGCGGAGAAUAGAUGAAGAUGUCGAUGAUGAUGACGAUGAAGAUCUGCAACCGAGUUCAGUGCGAAUGACGAGUUUUUAAAUAGUAAUAGUUUUUCAUUUAUACACAAGUAUACUUAGUUUAAUUGUAAUGAUAUAUUUUUUGUUUGAUGUUCUUGUACUAAUUAAUUUCAUAAUUAAGAAUUUC